AUGGAUCGCAUGUCGUCGCGUCCGGCGAGCCCGGGCGGCGGCGGUGGUUACGUGCGGCGGGGCGCGUACGUCUCCAGCAGCGCGCACACGUCGCCGGGCGGGUCCCCGUCCGCGUCCCCGGUGCACACCCGCCACACGCGCUCGGGGUCGCUCGGCGGGGCCGGGUCCACCUCCUCCGCCGGUCGCCGGGGGGCGGGGGCCGCCGCCGCCGCGCGCGCCGCCGCGCAGCGCCUCGCGCGCGUCAUGGGCGGGCCCGGAGGAGAGGACGGCGGCAGCGGCAGCGAAGGCGAGGAGUGCGAACUCUCCGGCCCGCCCAUCGAGCUCUCCACCCCGCGCCGGCCCGGCAACCGCUCCCCCUCCCCCUCGAUAGGUCGUUACCUUGCGGAUCAGGCGCCGGUCAUUAGCCGGCCACCCUCGCUGACGAACCGGUAUGUGCCCGGGAAGUCGGUUCCGAUGAUACCAUCCAUCAAGCAAUCAAACCGGCCAGCGACAAGCGGAACAGGUUCGGAAUCAUCCGUCUCCGUCCCUAACCGAAGGGAGCAAAGGAGAUCAGUUGAUCUUGGAAGCUCGAUGAGAGGACGGCGCUCCUCUUCUUCUCUUAAUGAUGAGAUGAACACACUUCAAAUGGAAAAUGAUAGCAUGUACGAAAAGCUUGAAGAGGAUAGAUGCGAUGAAGCAGAUGUCAGACAGGCUGCUGGUAUGGGUGAUGCCAUAGAACCGGAGGUCAAUUUGAUUAGCAGAAAGGCUGCAGCACUAGAACAGAGAAGGGCUUCAAUGAGAAUUGCUUCAAGAAGGGGUAACAGUGCAAGCUGCGAUGAGAUUACAGCCCUUCGAUCAGAAGCGAAGGUUGCUGGUGAGAUGGCCACAUCUGUAUCUCGGCGUGUAGGUAUUGGAUCAGAACUGAGAUCUCUUCAUGCAACAUCCAACAGAACGAUCCUGUCACAAGAAGAAAUGGAGGAGGUGGUGCUAAAGAGGUGUUGGCUCGCCCGCUACUGGAAACUAUCUGUUAGACUUGGGAUACAUUCUGAUAUCGCUGCACAAAAACUAGAACACUGGUCCUCAGUUGCACCACUUGCACUUGAAGUCGUCCUAUCAAUUGGGCAAAAAGCUAGAGAUGGAACUUUAUCAGAUAAUGAUGUAAAUGAUACGGCUGGAGAUGGAAAUAUUGAGAGCAUGCUUUUAGUUGAGAAAGGACUUCGUGAAUUAGCUUCACUCAAGGUAGAAGAUGCAAUCAUGCUGGCUUUAGCAGAACAUCGACGAUACAGACCUCUCUCAGGUCCAGUUUUUCCUGCUGAUAGUUAUAGUUCUCCGGAGUCAACUGAGUUAAAUGAGGAUGAGCGAGAAGAUGUACGCUUCAAGCAGGCAUGGUUGACCUACUUUUGGAGGCGGGCCAAAAACCAUGAUGUAGAGGAAGAUAUAGCUGACGACCGGCUACAGUUUUGGAUAGAGCAAGGCAACCAUCCAGUUACUACAAGUGAUGUAGUUGAAGUCGAUAGAGGACUUCAUGAGCUGAAGAAACUGGGGAUCGAGUCUCAGCUGUGGGAAGCCACGAGGAGAGCUUUCGAUGAUGAAUCCAUUAAUCAUGGAAGUCCAUUUGGAUCUGAAGUUUAGCCAACACAUAAAUCAGAACGAGGCCUAGUGCCAAUUUUGCGCCGUCACAGGCCCUAGAGCCUUUAUGUUUUGUUUUGCAGUUUAUGGUUCUUCCACAAGUUCAUGUAAAUUUUCUGAUCAGAACUGGUGAUGAUUCUGUCUCCUAGGCCUUUUUCUUUCUUCCCAGCAACCUCGAUUAAAUCCUGUCAAAGCAAAAGUGAUUAAUUCAAGAUGUGUUGUCCACUAAUCGAGUAAUCUGCUGCAACAGGAUACAUACAUACAUACCACUCAUUGUGUUGAUGAGACACCCUGGGUCCUCGGGUC